CUCCCAUAAAUGAUAAAUCUUGCUCAUGCCUUAAUUAUAGUUCUCUCUCUUGGCUUUUUAAGAAUACACAAAAAUUAGUCUCUGCAAAAUUUCAUGAUUGGAAGGUCCUGCUUAUAUAUAUGGUUGUGUAUAUGUAUUUUGUUUCUUCAGUUUGAGUUUAUCUGAUUGUUUUGCUUUAAUCGAUUGCGCGAAACAGGGGAGGAUUUUCUCGGAAUUGUAGGGAGUUACAUUUCAUUUUCCGGGAAAGUAUACUCAAGCAUAUAUGUGUGUGUGUGUGUGUGAUCGUACGCGGUUUUAGCGUGGCGGGUUUUGAUUCACUCUGCAUCGUGGGGACUUUUUGAAGAGGGUUUAAUUUUCCGUUGUCACAAAUUUUCUUUUUGGGUUUCUGACUGUUUCCGAUAAAAUUUAGAGACGGGACCAAGUUUUCACCGGAAAAGGGUAUUUCUUUUCUAUCUGUGAUUAUAGAGAGAGAAAUUGAAGUCUUUUUUCGGUAAAUUAGCUGUCUAAACGUCAACAAAAUAGAAUUCCUCUAGACCCAUUUCUCUCUCUCUCUCCGAAGGGAAAAAAAAAAAAAAAAAAUCCCGAUAGUUUCUCUCUUCCUCUCCAUCUCUCUCUAUCUCUCUCUGUUUUCCCCUUUUUCUGUGGGCUUUCUCUGUUGCAAGGGUUAGGAGAGAGAACCAGUGAAAUCUCUCUCUAUCUCUCCCUCUCUCUGAAAUCAUGAUUCUCGACAAAGGGUCAAUGCAAUCAAACCUCGACUGCUUCCUCGAUUGCACAACCCCAGGGGUCCCAUCCCAUUUCCUACCCAAGAGUGAGAUCAGGAACCUUAACAAGUUGUGGCACCCUUGGGAGAAAGAAAAAGUUGAGUAUUUUACAUUGUCUGAUCUUUGGAAUGGUUAUGAUGAAUGGAGUGCUUAUGGUGCCGGAGUUCCGAUUCUUUCCGACGACGGCGAAACCCUAAUCCAGUACUAUGUGCCUUACCUCUCUGCAAUCCAAAUCUUUACCAGUAAUUCGUCGUUGAAUGGUCUAAGGGAAGAGACAGACUCAAUUUGUGAGACAAGGGAUUCCUUUAGCGAUUCGUUUAGUGAUGAGAGCGAGAGCGAGAAGCUAUCGCGAUGGGAUGGAUGCUCCUCCGAGGAGGGAGGGUUCGAGCAAGAGAGCCUCUAUCAUAUGAAUGAUAGAUUGGGUUACCUUUAUUUUCAGUACUUCGAGAGAUCAACUCCUUAUGGAAGAGUUCCUCUCAUGGAUAAGAUCAGUGGAUUAGCUCGAAGAUACCCCGGAUUAAUGUCUCUAAGAAGCGUAGAUCUUUCACCAGCUAGCUGGAUGGCAGUUGCCUGGUACCCCAUUUAUCAUAUUCCCAUGGGAAGAACCAUAAAGGACUUGUCCACAUGCUUCCUUACAUACCACACCCUUUCAUCUUCUUUUCAAGAUAUGGACCUUGAAGAUGAGAUGGGGAGUGCCGAAAGGAAGCGAAAGGAAGGGGAAAGCAUUUCACUCCCUCCAUUUGGUCUGGCCACUUAUAAGAUGCAAGGGAAUGUGUGGGUCUCGAGCAAGAGUGGUAGGGACCAAGAGAGGCUGGUGUCGCUACUGAGCGUGGCAGAUUCGUGGCUCAAGCAGCUGAGGGUUCAACACCAUGACUUUGAUUACUUCACCGGGAUUCGGCGUGGCUGAAAACCACACAACUUUCAGGAUUUGCUCAAACCGCACCUAAUGGAUUGACUGGUCGAAUGCUUUUUUCAGCCCUCUUAUGAGUGAGGAUUGUAGGUGAUAUUUCUCUUUGUCAGGCUCUGCUGAUGGGAUUUUCUAGUGCCUAGCCCAUUUUGUUGGAUUUUGUCUUUCAUCACAGAGCAGAUUUCUGAACUUUACCGGGAAAAUAUAUAUAUAUAUAUAUAUAUAUAGAUUUCAGAGUGGAGGGAGUGGACUCUGUUGUGUUAGCCCAUGAGGCUCGUAAAUCGUAAAUGAAUUGCAUGUGUUGCAUUUUCAA